AGAUGAGGGUUAACGCUUGUGUGUAUGCAGCCUGUUUCAGCUCCUCCUGAUUCUUUCUCCAUGCUUGAACUUGUAUUACUUUCCCCCUCUGUCUUUUACUCAGGUAUUAAUAAAGUAUUUGGAUUCUGAUGAGUCUCAUUGUUUAGCAAACGUCUCACGCAGCAUCUUCAGCAGGCAGGGCUCAUCUGGGCCUGAGGGUGUUGUAAGAGGCUGUCCCCAGCAGGUGGCGCCAGCGUGCCCGCGGGGUGAAUGUCAGCCGCAAACGAAGCCGAAACGAACGCCGGCGUCAUUUCCUGGAUGCUGUUCGAAUAGCAACGGUAAAACUCGAAGCUCUGAACGCGGUCCUCUGUCAUAUAAAUCUCUGCGUGGGGCGAGCGGCUUUUCCCGGUGAGUGAGAGAUUGAGCGCGCACAAUGAAUAAAAAGGACUCUGAGAAAAAGCGCUAUGUGGUACCUUGGUUUAACAAAGCGGAGUGGGAGCAGGUUCGAGACAACCUUUUUUCCAUGGACCCCUCUCUGCAGAGGUUUGCGUUAGACAGGAUAUUGGCGUGGAGGGCCAGGUGCCCUAAUAGUUUACCCCUGGCCGUGGAAUCAACAGCGUACCUCGUGCGUUGCCAGAUGCGGGACCGCUCCGGACAGCUUACCGGAGAGGACUUGAUCAUGAUGUACGCGAUCGCCCUGGCAUGUAAGGUGGUCCUGGAGUGGCUCCAGCAGGAGUUUUGGUCCAGACAGCUGGGAAGAGCCCCCGAUGAGCGCUGGGACUUGCAGUCGCAUGGCGAGGAUGAGGAUGAGCUCGUUGCCAGGCAGAAAGAAGUGGACGCCUACAGAAAAGCUCGGGAGCUGCUGAUCUCUUAUGAGAAGGACCAGUACCAAGCUUUUGAUGAUGGGUCUUUUGAAGACAAGGAGAAGAGCUUGUGGCAGGCCCCCUUAGCAGACAUGAGCUGGUUACUGGGUGAGAUCAAGCAGUUUGCACUGGAGUCCAGCGAGCUGUUGGUUGAUGUGCUGCUGGAGGACAGAUUUCUUGUUCCCACCAUGGAGCAGCUGGAAACAUUAGGCUGUGCAACCUCUGACAGUGCCAGUCCCACUGAGCCCAGAGUCCCACAAACCUUCCUGCGCUUUUGGCUGCUCCUGCUGAAGAUGCUUAACUCUCCAUCUUUCAUUCACCUCUUCCUGGAGAAGCUCUUUGUGGAACUGAAGCUGCUCAGCAAAGAGCCCGACGGUCACAGGUGUUUCUAUAUUUCUGCAUGGAUUACAGAAGUGCUCCUCUGCAACAACAACAAAUUUGAUUAUCAUUUUGAGACGCAGGACAGGAUUUUUAUCAACCGCAUCCAGCUGAGGUGGCAGCAGCUUCUCUCUGCAUGUCUGGAUGCCCCCUGCAUCAGCACACCUCACCUGAUCCAGCUCAUCCUGGAUGACAUGGAGCACCCCCCCCCUCAGGAAACCAGAGAGAAGCUGUUCCAGCUCUGCUCCAUCUACACACAGACAGAGCGCUCCGAGGACAGCACACCUCUGCAGAAGCAGCAGCCCAUAUAUACUGUGGAGAUGCUGCUAGACAAGAUGCAACACUCCCGGCAGGAUGCCCGUCCCUUGCAUUCCUCACCGAUGGACUCGGAGAGAAGUGAGGAGCGCAAAUGGGCAGACCUGCUGGCUGAAAGAGCACUUGCCCUCAGAGGUUCUCCGUGGCAGGUGUGCACUGAUAAUGUCUCAUGGAAGAACUACCCCCUUGGUAAAGCUCCUGGACAGUCGGACGACCCGUCGUGCCUCAUGGUGGACAAUUAUACGAUAAUGACUGUGUCUAACCAGCCAUUGGAGCUUGAGAGCAGCGCGACACAUGGCAGCAUCCCCGGGGCCUCGGCUCCAGCCCGGCCAGCUGAGGGCCUCCGCUGGAGCAACAGCGACCUCAACAGACUGAAAUGUGGACUGAAGCUGUUUUAAGUCUCAUUCCAGCCUCCGCUGAUUCUUGUUGUGCUAGAAGCAGUUCAGGAGACAAAAUGUUCUGAUUUAACAAAAUGAAAUGUUCGAUUCCUGUGUUUUGAAUUAAACCAUGCUCUUUGCAAGUGUGUGUGUGUGUGUGUGUGUGUGUGUGUGUGUGAGAGACAUUUAGUAGACCAAACAAUACAUCUGAAUCCUGAAAACUGAUCAUCUGAUGAACUGACACUGAAAAUGUGUCGUAGUUGUGGUCAUUUGGGCCAGGUGGAAGCCUUUAUGUUCUUUGUGUUUAUUGUUAGUAGGUGGCAGAGAAAAAGUUUAACACAUUCUCUGCACGCUGGAGCUGAAAGUGAAAUAAGAGUUUAUUAAUCCCUGAGGAAAUUGUGUGGUUACAGUCGCUCCGAGACAAUAAGAGCAGUAACACUGAACAAAAUUAAAUAACACAUUACACAGUUACAAAAUAUAAGGUGUAGCUGGAAUAUAUAUAAAAAUAUUAGCUCCAUUACAAAUGUCCAAAAUAUUGCAGAGGACAAAUAUAUAUCAUUGGCAUUUUAGGCUAAACCAGGGGUCGGCAAUCCUAGGCACGCGAAGGGU